UUCUUCUUCUUCUUCACUAUGCCUCUGUUAAUAUAAAUUCCAACUCUCUCUUCUUCUCUCUCUCCAAAUCCCCAAAUUCGAAAAAACUCAAAACCCCAGAGAGAGAGACCCGACCCGCUUCAAUGGAUCCGUGCCCGUUCGUACGGAUCCUCAUCGGAGACUUGACCCUCAAGUUUCCCAGCGUCUCCAAACCCUCCUUCUCCACCGUCCACCCUUCCUCCUCUCCCUGCUUCUGCAAAAUCAAGCUCACCAACUUCCCCCACCAGUUCUCCGCCGUCCCCCUCAUCCUCGACGACUCCGCCUCCGCCGCUCAGACCACCACCACCACCACCGCCGCCGCCCGCUCCCACUCCCUCAACGCCUGCUUCAACCUCACCAAGCCCCAAAUCGAAACCCUAUCCUCCAAGCGCCCCAGCCUCUCCAUCUCGAUCUACACCGGCCGCCGCGGCGCCACCUGCGGCCUCAACUCCGCCAAGCUCCUCGGCCGCGUCACCGUCCCGCUCGCCGAGCUCGCCACCGCCGUGUCCCGCCCCGUCGUCUACCAGAACGGCUGGAUUGGAAUCGGUGGCAAGAAGUCCGGGUCCGGGUCCGGGUCCGGGUCCUCGCAGUCGCAGUUCUUUUUAAGCGUCCGGGCCGAACCCGACCCGAGAUUCGUGUUCAAGUUUGACGGAGAACCCGAGUGUAGCCCCCAGGUUUUCCAGGUCCAGGGAAAUGUAAAGCAGCCGGUCUUCACUUGCAAAUUUGGGUUCAGAAACGCCUCCGAUAUGCAAUCACGGUCACUGUCCGAGCCGGGUACCCCAAGGAAUUGGUUAGUGCCGUUUAUGGGAGGCAGCCAAAAGGAGCAGAGCGCGAAAGAGAGGAAAGGCUGGUCGCUGACGAUCCACGACCUCUCCGGCUCGCCGGUCGCGGCGGCGUCGAUGGUGACUCCCUUCGUCGCCUCCCCCGGCUCGCAGCGCGUGAGCCGGUCCAACCCCGGCGCGUGGCUGAUUCUGAGACCGGAGGACGGCACGUGGAAGCCGUGGGGCCGACUCGAGACGUGGCUGGAGCGCAGCGGCUCCGACACCGUCGGGUACAAGUUCGAGCUGCUCAGCACGAUUCUGGCCAACUCCACCGUCAGCGCGUCGAACGGCGGGAAGUUCACGAUCGACUUGACGUCGAGUCUGACGCCGGUGAACAGUCCGCACAGCAGCUUCGACUUCGGGUCCGCGUCGGGUUCGUCGAGGCCCGGGUCGGGUUCCGGGUCGGACUUCGGGUUCGGGUUGAUACCUCAGCUGCUGCAGAGAGGGUUUGUGAUGUCGUCGACGGUGGAGGGGAUCGGGAAGUGUAGCAAGCCGGAGGUGGAGGUCGGAGUGCAGCACGUGACAUGCACGGAGGACGCGGCCGCUUACGUGGCGUUGGCGGCGGCGAUGGAUCUGAGCAUGGAUGCUUGCCGGCCGUUUUCACAUAAGCUCCGGAAGGAGCUGAGGCAGUAGUAGUUGGUGUCGUUUUGCGUGGGAGGGGCGGUCGUUUUGAGGUAGUUUAGGGGGCAUUGGAUUCUUUUAUUUGCCGGCAAUUUUGGCUUUGGGCUUGCCAAGUUUUUGGGCUUGGGAAUGAGAGAGAGUGUACAGUGAGGAAUGACUAGGAACUACAGGCAUUUUAAAUACAGUUUUAUUUUUCUUGUGAUUGGUGAAUUAUUCGGCUAUUUUGUUCGUACAUGGUUUAAAUUUUUGCUCCAA